AUGGCGCACAACGCCCACGAGUCCCAUCAGCCACAGCAGCCACAUACCAAGUCUGCCGUCGUAGUCGCAGAGGACAAGGCGGAGCGCAAGAAAGAUCACCUUCGAGUACUGGUUACCAACGCCACCAGGCCGAUGGCGCACACCAUCGCGACAGCCGUGGCCCAGGGCUACGUGUUUGGCUAUGACCAGCCCAUUAUUCUGCACCUCCUCGACGGCCAGGGCACCAUGGGCAUGCUCGAGGGACUCGUUCUCGAGCUGCUCGACUGCACAUACCCGCUUUUGAGGCAGGUUCUGAUGACGACUGUAGAUGACUCGGCCUUCACUGGCAUCGAUGCCGCCUUCUUGCUGUACGAGGCCCAAGAUGCUCCCGUCGAUCACGGAGUCCAGCUUUUUCGUCGCUAUGGUGCCGCCCUCGAGCAGUAUUCAAAGAAGGCCGUCAAGGUAGUUGUUUGUGGCUGCCAAGCCGCCAUCAACGCGUAUGCAUGCAUCCAGGCUGCGCCUUCAAUAGACCACCGCAACAUCACUGCUCUCACAAGGCUCGAACACAACCAGGCACUCGCCCAGAUCGCUUCGAAGCUGGCAGUGGCGCCGAACAAGGUGCGCAACGUCGUCGUCUGGGGAGGUAAAGGCCGAGUGCCGGAUGCCUACAACGCAGUUUUCCUCCACCGAGACAACCUGCUUCCGGUCACUGAGACCCUCAAGGACGACAACUACUUGAGCGGCGAGUUCAUCGAGGUCGUCAACAAGCGCGCCCGCGAUAUGCUCAAUGCACGCUCCAAGUACCCGUCCCUCUCCAAGGGAAAAGCAGCCUGCGAUCACAUGCGCGACUGGUGGCAGGGAACCGCUGAGGGCACGUGGGUCUCCAUGGGCGUCGUCAGUGAUGGUGCGUACGGCGUGCCCAAAGGCAUCGUCUACAGCUUUCCGGUGCGCAUCGACAACAAGGAGUGGCAGAUCGUCGAGGGCAUCGACGUGAACCCGCACAUCAAGAAGCGCAUCGACGAGUCCGCCCAGCGCACAAUGAACGAGACGCACGAAGCGGUUCGAUAG